AGGCAAACUUUAGGGCUUUUCAUAUAGUAAUCUCCCUAUCAAAACCUCAAAGAUUUCCCAUUUCUGCAAAAACCCAAAUGGAAUCCAAAGAAGACGAAGCCCUCCCAAAACGGAGCAAACCCAUGGAAAUUCAGUCCAUUUCAAGCAAAGAUUCAGUCUUGUCAAUGCCUAAGCUUCCUGCAGAACUCAUCACUGAAAUCUUGUUAAGGCUUCCGGUGAAAUCCCUCUUACAAUUCAGGUCUGUGUCAAAAUCUUGGCUUUCCUUAAUCUCUAGCCCUGAAUUUGUGAAGAACCAUCUCUUAUUAUCCGCUAGUAACAAGGACUACACCCACUAUGGAGUUAUGUUUAAGGUUGCUAGUAGUGCUAUCCAUGUUGUCACAGUCUGUUCUCUUAGCUCUUUACUUCACCAUCCUGUAAAGGAGGCAAUUGACUUGGAUUAUCCAGGUAAAUAUCCCAAAGACCAUCGCUAUCCUCGGAUUGUGGGUUCUGUCAAUGGAUUGAUUUGCCUUGCCAAUAGUCUAUUUAACGGAGUACAAGAAUUGUUUCUAUGGAAUCCAUCAACUAGAAAGUAUAAUAGACUGCCUAAUUAUAGACUUCAUCGACCCCGUGGUCACUGCUGUUUGCAGGAACAUCGUGGUAAGUGCAACUUUGGUUUUGGUUAUAAUGAGCUCCAAGAUGAUUACAAGGUAGUGGGCAUUUUCCCUGCUUACAAAAGUACACAGCUGUGUCGUUUUGAGGUCCAUAUAUAUAGUCUAAGGAGUAAUUCUUGGAGACGUAUUAACGACUCUGCUUGGGAAUUUUUACAUGUUCCGGGCAAGCUUGUGAAUAGAAAACUUUAUUGGCUUCAAAACAGAGGGAAUAUCAGUUCUAUUGACUUGGGUAAUGAGAAAUGGACAGAGAUAGAAAAGCCUUUCAGUUUUAAGGAAUAUGGUUAUUUCGUACUAGGAGUGCUUGGAAGUGAUCUUUCUGUGUUGUGUAAUUACAAGAAUUUUCAUGCAGAUGUUUGGAUUAUGAAGGACUAUGAAGCAAAAGCAUCUUGGACAAAGAUGCUUACUAUCCGUGCUGAUAAUGAUGGUAUGCUACAUAUACGUGAACCACCCUUGUUAGUGACAAAUGAAGGUGAUAUUUUACUUGAAAUUGGAUCACGUAUGGCGAAAUAUAAUCCAAAGGAUAAUUCAUUCAGAUGUCUAGAUGUUACUAACUUUGCUCCAUAUAUUGAGGCAGAAAUCUACGUUAAGAGUCUAGUUUGUCCCUUUUCACAUAAGGAUCAACGCAUGCAAAAACAACGGAAGUUCCUAUUACUCAGAUGAAGACAACCGUGUGACUAAUAACAUGUAAGAGUUACAUUCUAUGCAUUUUCUUAAGCGUUGUUAAAUUUUGUUUCUGUAGUGCUUGUGGA